CUUUCUUUUAGAAGCAGAUGCCGGAUACGCCAGCGAGAUUCAUCCAUUUUGAUCUCUCCACUAAAGAGUCAUAUUCCCUCGAUUCCAUUGGAAAACACGGCUUUGCCAUGGAGAUUGGUCCUCAGCCUCAUGGGUGCGUCAAGUCAAACGUUUACACAGCAAUGAAAGAAGGCGUGCAGCACGUGCAGGAUUGGGUCCGCUGUUUUAACUCAGGUUGUGUGUUUGAGGGAGGACCAGUCGACGUGUUCACCAUGGUUAGAAACGUAGAUUAUCCCAGAGACGGCGAGACACGCCACAUUACGGCAGCCAUCCAUCCACGCCUCCAGGACCGAGACUUUUGCCUGCUCCACCCUGGAGAGCCCCUCUUCCAGGCUUUCUCAGGAGAAACGAUAAAAUACCAGGGCAGCGAGCCGCUCUAUGCUUUCUUCAUCAACGAAUGCGCUUACUACGAGAAAGGCAUCGCGCUGUCCCUGGCCAGAAAGAAGCGGGUGACCGUCCCUUCUGUCCGUGUGCAAACGGAUGAGGAAGAACGAGCGAGUGAGCAGAGUUUUGCAUCAGAGGAAGAGGAGUGAAGACGUUCUUCAUAUGAGACUCGUGUGAAAUGAUUUUUAACAACUUUUCUUUUUUUUUUAUUGAAAUGACAACAAGUACAAGCCUUUCAUAUACGCACACGUAUUUACACACAUAGCAACAGUUUCACUUUAGGUUCACAAACAUCAUGUGUCAACAUCAGGGAUAGAAGAGCCGUUUGUGUUUGACGUUUGGAUGAGUAAAAUACAAUCCAACUCUGCAGAACGUUCAUAAAACCAUUCAGAAAUGUCAUGAAA